AUGAAAAAAAAAUUGCUCAGCACAGCAAAUUUAGCUGCCAAUUUCGAAAAUUAUUGACCAUUGCGUUUGCGUCUUCUGCGUAUUUAUUUAGUUGCCUACCUACUUUGCAAUUCUAUUGUAAAGUGGUUUGAUGACUAGGUGGAAUACCUUUUCUUAUUAUUUGAGCUAAAUACGUAAUGUCUACUUCAAGUAAUAUAUCUCAGUCAGUUUAUUCACCAUCAGAUCCGGAGACUCCACAGGGCACAACUCAAAUAAAACUACAGAACUUCGAUCAGUCAGUGAACCAUGCGGAGCUCGGGCAUAGCAUCGAACAGUCUGUAAAGAGCGCGCAGAAAGAGUUGCACCAGAAACGAGUGCAGGCUCUGAGGAAAGAGCUUGACUACUUGAAGUCUACUGAAUGGGAAUUUGAAUUUGAUAAGGGCUUUGUUCAAUAAAAACAUUGAGAUCAAUGUUUCAUUGUUAUUUGUACUGUAAGGCAUUUAAGACUAAAUGUAUAAGGACUCUAUCCACUAAAGACAGUUAGUUUUAUGAUGUUGUCUUAUAUUACAUCAUUUUUUAAUUACUUUACCCAAAAACCUGAAGAAGAUGAUGUGGACCCCGAGGAGUUCUUGGCUGGAGAGCUCAUGGAGUUGGAAGCAAAUAAUAAGGAAGAAGGUUAUGACAGCUAUGUCCCGGAAGCACCGACAAUCCCAAAUGAUGCAAUUUGUUUCCAAAGAACAGGUGUAAUAGAUUACAUGGGCGAAAAUUACGCCCUUAUUGAUGGCUUCCUGUAUGUCGACCUGAUGACUUGUUCAAUACCAGUGAGUUUAAAUGACAAAGUUCUAUACUUAAGCUACAAUGAUGCUAAUGGCUCAGUAAAGGUUGUGCGACUCUUACAAAACCUUGGAGUGUCAUGGGGUAGCGAAGAUCAAAUGAAUGAAGAUAAGUUUAAAAUAAUAGAACAUGUCAUAAUUGGUGAAGUUGAUUGUAGACAAGAACGUUUUGUCUGUAUAAAGGACAGUGAUUUAAAAUUUAGUCUUGACAAUGUUAAAGGGACAUUUGUGCCUAUCAAAGGUGACUGGCUGGAAAUGAAAUGCACUGUGCAGUAUGAUGAAAAUAAGCCUUCUGAUAUUUCCACAUCACAGGUUUUACAAGUUGACUCAUACAAGCCUUUGAGGACGAAGAUUAAGAACGUUAAGGUCUCCUAUUGGUCUGGUGAAACUGGUACAUGUGACAAAAAUAUUUAUUUCACCAAACAAUCCAUUCAGGGUGCAAUUGUGCCACAAGUUGGGUCAAAAGUGUUAGUGGAAGCUAUAGAAAGUAACCAGGCUACUUGCACAUGGAGGGCAAUCAAAGUUGUUACUCUCGGUGAUCUCCCUACUAAAGAAGCAAUCGUUCAAAUUGAACCAAAUCAAACUGAUGUGGGCCAAAUUAGUCUAAACACGGAAAAAGAGUUAAACAUCGACUUUACCUAUCCAAUCGCAUUCCAUAAUGUUGAUUUACACAAGUCUGAAAAGAUAACAGUGACUGUCAAAAACAACAGCAAUCAAACAUACACUAUGAACAAAUGGCUGGUUUUGAGUAAAAAGAGAGACUCCCAAGUUAAUAUAAAGCCUUUUUUAGCUCACCCAGUAAAGUUAUAUCCCAAUCAGUCUUAUAACUUUAUUAUUGCAUGCCACCCAAAAUUUUUGGGUAGUAGUAAAGAAUGUUUCAUCAUAAUGUUUAAAGGAUUCCAGCUAAAAAGAUUCAUUGAAAUUAAUGUUGUUGAUGAUAAUGUUUCGUUAAAUGAAUGGAAUGGAGAAAUGAAAUCGAAUAAAGAAAAGAUAGAAUUGAUGAGAAAAGUUUUGAGGAAUAAUGAUAAUACUGUACCAGGCAUUAAACCAGUCAGGCCACCAAAUUUUGUACAAGUUAGAUUGGGCAACUUCCCAAUACCCGAGAAAGUUUGGGCUGCUGUUUUAGGAAAUUCUGAACAAACAAUGUAUAGCUUGGAAUACGAUAAAAUUAUUGAAAGGAUCGAAACACAUUUGCCUUGUUUAACUCAAGAGCUGAAAAUUAAUAAUUACACUGACAGAUGGCAUACUUUAUUGUACAUGGAAGAGAUCCAAGCUGAUAUAAGCAUGAGAGCAUAUGAUACGCCAAGAGCAUUUUUGAUACGAUGUCAAGAUUAUCUUGCUCUUGAAAUUAGUGGUUUAUCGGAAAGGAGGCCUUCGUUAGUGAAAGGGGACAGUGUCAUCGCAAAAGACAUUUGGGAUGACAAAUCUACAAAAUACGAAGGCUGUAUUCAUCAGAUAAAAGGAGACUUGAUCUUGAUGAAAUUUAAUCCUCGCUUUCAUGAAACAUAUUCUGGAGGUGAUGUUUCCUUAGAAUUCCAUUUCAGCAGAUCUGUUUACAGAAGGGCGCAUCAAGCAAUAAAUCUAGCUCUGACCAAUCUUGGACCGGAAAUGCUAUUUCCAUCUAGAAUAACUCAACGCGCUCCACAACUGCCUUCUAAACAUUUGGAGUCGAUUAAAUGGUUUGAUGAAAAGUUAAAUGAUGGACAAAAAGCUGCCGUCCAAAAUAUCCUUUCGGGAGAAGGCCGUCCACUUCCGUACAUUAUUUUUGGACCUCCAGGAACUGGUAAAACCGUGACGGUCAUCGAGACUAUUUUACAAAUAUUGACUCAACUUCCAGACAGCAGGAUUUUGGUGGCGACACCAUCGAACAGUGCCGCUAAUUUGAUUACAGAGAGACUUAUACAAAACAGAAAAGCCUUUUCGAGUUCUAUGAUUAGAUUGAUUGCCAACUACAUGCUUGAUUCCGAUAACAUCCCUGAAGCGAUCAAACCAUUUUGCGCGACACUUGAUAUAGCUACCGAAAAUACUUCUCAAUCUAAAUACACAGUUAAGGACGGCAUUAAUCUUCAUUGCCAGAAAUCAUUUAUUGGUAGGCACCGCGUGACCAUUGGAACUUGCUAUUGUAUUGGAAAUUUGGCUUUAAUGGGUCUACCACGAGGGCACUUCACUCACGUCAUUGUAGACGAGGCUGGACAAGCUACAGAACCGGAAAUUAUGAUACCUCUCACGUUCAUUGAAAAAGAAACCGGUCAAGUAAUUCUCGCUGGUGACCCUAUGCAACUGGGACCUGUCGUAAUGUCUAAGUAUUGUAAAGCAUUUGAAAUGGACGAAUCGUAUAUGUGUAGGAUUUUAGACACGUUUCCGUAUCAGCGAGAUUACGAUGGAUUUGCAAAUGGUUUUAAUAACAAGUUGAUCACAAAACUAAAUGAUAACUAUAGAUCUUUGGAAGAAGUGCUGCGAUUGCCAAGUGAACUAUUUUACGAUGGAUCCUUGGUACCAAGAAUAAACAGAGAUCAAACAUGGAUACAUAAUUUUAUAAAUGUAAUUUCGGACAGUUAUGAUGAGUGUGAUGACAAAACUGGUGGGAUAUUUGUUUGUGGCAUACGAGGUACCAAUGCGAGGGCGGAGGACAGUCCAUCUUGGUAUAAUCCCCAAGAAGCGUCAAUGGUGGCCCUUGCGACCUGUAAACUGUAUAAAAAAGGAGUAUCACCAGAUGACAUUGGCAUAAUUACACCAUACAUAGCACAGAUUAAGCAUUUACGCCUAAUAUUUGACGCAAUGGGUCUAUUUCGACCGAAGAUCGGGACGGUUGAAGAAUUUCAAGGUCAGGAGAGACCUAUAAUACUUAUUUCGACAGUGCGGUCAACGGAAUCCUUAUUGAAUGUGGAUGAAAGGCACAAGUUAGGUUUUGUUAAGAACCCAAAGCGAUUGAAUGUCGCUCUCACCAGAGCUCAAGUGGCUGUAAUUCUCUUCUGCAACCCUCAUCUGUUGUGUACUGAUGCCUUGUGGGGAAAAGUGAUAGACAAUGCAGUCAAAGAAAACAAAUACAGGGGAUGUGAUUUACCUAACAUUUAUAAUGAUUUCGGUAAUAAAAAUGUGACGGAGUAAUCUCAGA